GAAACAUCCGGAUGAAACCAGAUGAAAAAGCCCUUCAGCAAUACUCCUAAACAAGCUGGGGCUACUGAACUCAGGAACACAGCGAGAAGUUAUAUUUGAAAUAUGGCUCACAGUGACUUCCUCUACCCAGAUAACCCAAGGAGAAGGCAAGAAGUCAACCGUCUUCACCAGCAGCUUCUUGACUGCUUAUCUGAUAGCUUCAACGCCACCAAUAAGCUCAUUGGGGUUUUAAACACGCACUUGCGGUGCGGCCUGGCCUCCAUUGAGAUGAAAAGAGAUGGGACCAUCAAGGAAAACUGUGAUAUCAUCAUCCAAGCCAUGAUGGAAAUCCAAAAAGAAUUGCAAAAGGUUGAUGAAGCACUGAAAGAUAAACUAGAGCCAACCCUUUACAGAAAACUUCAGGAUAUUAAAGAAAGGGAAACAGAGAAAAUUGCAAUAGUACAAAAGGUCAUUUCAGUCAUCCUGGGAGAAGCUACUUCUGCAGCCAGUGCAGUGGCUGUCAAACUUGUGGGCUCAAAUGUCACAACUGGCAUAAUUAACAAGUUGGUCACCGUGUUAGCUCAAAUUGGCGCUUCUCUCCUUGGUAGUAUAGGGGUUGCUGUUCUUGGCCUUGGCAUAGAUAUGAUUUUCCGUGCUAUCCUGGGAGCAGUGGAGAAAACACAGCUUCAAGCAGCCAUUAAAAGUUAUGAGAAGCAUCUGGUGGAAUUCAAGUCAGCUUCAGAAAAAUAUCAUCAUGCCAUUACCGAAGUCACCAACAUAGUGAAACACCAAAUGAAAUAAACAGCCACUGUGCCACUUCUGCUUCUCAA